AUGGAGCCCCCAUCGAAGAAAGCACGAACUCUAUGGGAGGAAGACUCCAAUGAGUCCGGUGAUGAAUCCGGUGGUGUUUCACUCACAAAGGGCGCAGGGGCAGGCUUCAAGAUCAAUGAAGAUUAUGCCCGUCGAUUCGAGUAUAAUAAGAAGAGAGAAGAGGUUCAGAAACUUGAAUCCAAGUAUGGCAAGGUCUCUGGAGUCGGCAAACAGCGGGCCGACGAGGCCUCCGACGACGAUUCGUCUUCGGAUGAAGAUGAAGACGACGACGGUGAGCUUGUCACCGAAGCGGUUGAUGCCGAGAUCAUGGCGACCCUGAAGGCAAUCCGCGAAAAGGACCCUCGAGUAUAUGACGCAAAUGCCACUUUCUACACUCAAGUCGAUGAGGGUGCUGCCGAUGCUCCCAAAGACAAAAAAGAGAAGCCGAUUACCCUACAUGACUAUCACCGGGAGAACCUUCUGAAUGGGAUUGAUGUCGCCGAAGAGGAGGGGAAAGAGACCAUCAAGACAUUUGCCCAAGAGCAAGCCGAACUCAAGGAUGCCUUGGUCAAGGAAAUGCACGCAGCCGAUGCAGACGAGGAAAUGGAAGAUGCGGAUGAUACUUUCUUGGUCCGCAAAGCCGGCGGAGCCGAUGUCAUUCCCGAGAAGGAAGUCAAGCUGGAUAUUGAGAACGCGGACAAGGACCCGGAAACCUUCCUGUCUAAUUUCAUGUCCGCUCGUGCUUGGAUCCCCGAAGGUGGUCGACGAGAGCUACACCCAUUCGAAUCCGACGACGAUGAAGAGCUUGAGCGGGCAGACGCCUUUGAAGAGGCAUACAAUUUCCGUUUCGAGGACCCCAACAAGCUGAAUGAGAAGAUUAUGACGCACGCCCGUGAUACUACCAACAGCCUGUCAGUUCGACGAGAGGAGAAGAGCGCACGUAAGAAGAUCCGCGACGCUGAGCGACAACGCAAGGAGGAAGAGAAGAAGCAGCGGGAGACGGAAAAGAACCGCUUGCGUAAACUCAAGGCCGAAGAAUUGCAGAAGAAGGUGGCACAGAUCAAAGAGGUGGCUGGCUUCCGAGCCGCUGAGUUUACGGAUGAGGACUGGGCACACUUUCUUGAUGAGGCCUGGGACGAUAAUGAAUGGGAAAAGGAGAUGCAGAAGCGCUUCGGCCAGGAAUACUAUGAAGAGCCUGAAGGCGAGAGCAAGAAGCAUCCGAAGAAGCCUACCUGGGAUGAUGACAUCGAUAUCAAGGAUUUGGUUCCCGAUUACGAUGACGAGGAGGAGCUUGCUCAGCCUGCUGUUGAUUCUGAGGAAGAGGAUGAGGUCAACGAAGAGGAUGGAGAAGCUUCCGCAUCUGGACCGAAGAAGAAGAGCAAGGCUGAGCUGAAGCGCGAGCAAAAGCGCGACGCUCGCAAGGAGAAGAUGCGAAUCGAAGAAGCCAUCGAUCGCAACUUGGAUCUUGAUAUCACUCUCCUUCCUGGUGCUACAAAGAAGAACUCUACACGGUUCCGCUAUCGGGAAACUUCUCCCCAGAGCUUCGGUCUGACGGCACGCGACAUCUUGAUGGCCGAUGACCAGCAGCUCAAUCAAUUUGCCGGUCUCAAGAAGCUUGCGUCCUUCCGUGACCCCGAGAAGAAGGCCAAGGAUGAACGCAAACUAGGAAAGAAGGCUCGUCUGCGCCAGUGGCGCAAGGACACCUUUGGCAGCGAGGAGGGACCUACAAUCGAACUUUCCGCUCACCAGCCUUCGCACGAUUCAGAGAAGCACGCUGAUCACGAUGAGUCAAAGGUUGAUAUCCGUGAGGGCGACGGCAGCGGAAGGAAGAAGCGAAAGCGUUCCAAGAAGCACUAA